ACGAGUCGCUCACUACUAGCGGCGUUCGUGGGCGGCCAUCGGUAGACUAAGGGCGGUCGUCUGUCGGAGACUUGUAAAAGCUGACGUGGGAGAAGUAGAUCGAGGAAGAUCCGCGCAGGAUGGCCACAGCCUGCGCGAAGACCCUAUCGCCUGCGGAUGGGCCGGAAGCGUUGAUGCGAGUGCCUGUGAAGCCUCGUCGCUCCUUGUCAGCGUGUCGAGCAUCUCUGGGCUCUUCCCUUUGUUCGGGAUCACGACGGAGAAGAAUUUCACACGUUUGGAUGCUGGCCAAGAAGAGCGUGCGCUCCGACGUCGCCCUACAAAACCGCGAUAGAACGUUGAGACUCCGUGGCGGAUGGCGGUCUUCCCAUUUAGCGGGCAAGCCCCUGUCAAUAGCCGCGCAGGGACAACGGAAGAGACACGUGUUUCAGAGGGAUUCGAUCGCCCGACCUCGGGCCAGUGCGACAGGUACAGAUCCCGACGUCGAUAUUGCCGGAGAGCAAAUUGCAGAGGAUUACUACGGCCUUCUAGGAUUGACAUCAGAUGCGACACAAGAGGACAUCAAAAAGGCGUAUUACCAAGUUAUGAAGGUCUGUCAUCCCGAUUUGAGUGGGGACCACCCGGAGGUAGUUGCCUUCUGCAAGUUCAUCAACGAAGUGUAUGAGGUGUUGAGUGAUCCAGAGCAGCGAGCAAUCUAUGAUAAGAUAAACGGCUUCACUUUGGCUGCUGUCAAUCCUUUCUACUGCAAGGAUCAGUCCCGAGAUUUUACUUUUGUUGACGAGUUUAGCUGCAUAGGUUGUAAAAACUGUACGUUCUGCGCACCAAGUACAUUUGACAUUGAAUUGGACUUUGGGAGGGCGAGGGUGAUGCGCCAGCAAGGUGAUGCUUUGGGAAAAGUGCAAGAGGCAAUAGACACAUGUCCUGUAGAUUGCAUUCAUUGGGUGAGCGCUGCUCAGCUUACUCUUCUGGAGGAUGAAAUGAGGAGAAUGGAGAGAGUCAAUGUUGGUCUCAUGCUUGCUGGCCAGGGACGCUCUGGCGCGGACGUUUUCCAGUCGGCGGCCACUAAAUGGGACAAGCGACAAGCCCGAGCACUGGAACGGGCUGCAAGGGAAGCUGCAAAGGCAAAGGCAAAGUCAAAAGGAGAGAAAAAGCGGAGCUGGUGGGAGUUCACGACAACAGUUGAGGAGGAAGAUGGAGGGAGAGCAGCUUAUGAAAGCAAGGAGAAACGGAAAACGGCUAUGGAGAGGGCAGUUGCAGCAGCGGAAGCAGCCAGGCGAUGGAGGGAGUAUUCACGCGCUGGACUCGACAGACGUACCCGAAGGGCACUUCCUUCCAUGACACAAGCAGAUGAGGGGGAUGCAGAGAGAUAAAAAAAAAUAAAAAUAAAAAAAAAGAACCCAGGAGGAGAAGUUGCCCUGCUCUGAUGUUUACCCUU